GAGAGGUUUGGUUUUUUUUAUUGCCCUGAACUACACGUUAAAAUUUUCUAUUUCGCUUUCAUUAAACUUUAUUGUUAUUCAUUUGGAGGUUGGAGUCAGUUGGAGUUACAAAGCAGAUGUAAAGGGCGGAAAACAGCAAACGCGGAAGGUGUCAGCCACUAUCAGCCUUGUCAGGAGGUGCAGCCGGAAGGAGCAGUGGACAUCGGCAAAUAUAUAUGAGUGUUAAACGCAUCGUUUAACGAAUUGCUUGCUACGUCCAGCGAAAUCGUUGGACGAACAAGCGAGGUCGCUUCCGGUUCUUGAGUUCGCUUCCGUGAUCCGACUAUCGGCGAUUUUCGUUCUUGACUCUUUAUUUGCGUUUUGGACCUGGUUUUGUUCGAGUCACUAUGAGUCACUGACACUGGUCAGCGGCAUGCCAUCGCCGUUAUCGACGUCAUUAUCGUUGUCAUCGUUGUCGAGAGGUGGCCACUCCCGGCUGAGCUCCGAGAUAUGCUCUCCGAAUCCUUGUCCGUGGCAGUGAUCCACCCCGGCAAAAUUGUCGUUCUCGUCCACGCCAAGUGAUCAUACAAUGGAGAAUCAGGACGAUCGGACGGUCAAAGCAAACGGAAACGAGGAUCCUCAGGCGAAGAUCAGCCGAUUGGAGUCAGAGAACGUUAAGAUGCGAGAAGAGUUUAAUGUACAAAGGGCUAAGAUGAAAGAAUUGUUCCUUCAGAAAGAAGAGGAAUUAAAGCGGAGACUGGAGGAAAAUAUGGGCCUUCAGAAGGAAAAUCUGAGACUGAAGAAUGAGCUGGAUGAGGCUAAGAGCCAACUAGUCGUCGCAGAUCUUAAAAUACAAAAUCAUAUAUUGAUAGAGAAGAGGAAGGCUCAGGAAGAAAUAGCGUCUUUACAACAAGUUAUACAUGAAACGGUGGAGGAGUCUUCUUGCUCGAGAAAACAGCUUGUUAGCGAAGUGUCCAAAUUGCAAUUGACUCUUUCUAAGCUCCAAGAAGAGAACGCGCUAUUGAAAACACAAUUGCCACGCGAUCCGCCAACGGACGGACCACAAAUCUCAUUGUCUACAGUAACUAAAACAUUAGCUAGAAAAGUGGUUUCACAAUUAGGCGCGGACUCUUUAUCUUUAGGUCCUGACAAUUUAGAAGAAAGCAUGCGGAAGGUAAAAAAAUAUGCGCAAGAAGAUGCGGAAGUUUUACGUUCGUUGGUUGUGCCACUUGAAGAGGAAAUAAAAGCUUUAAAAGAGAAACUAAGGUCAACCGAUGAUGAAUUGCAAAAAUGUAAAGAAGUUCUAUUAAAGAAACGGCAGCAGGAACCUGGUUCCUUUGAGCCAUCGUGUGAUAUGUGUGCAAACUACGAAGCACAAUUAGUCAAAGUAGAAGCGACUGCCAAGAAUUUAGAGAAGCAGCUGUUGGAUUCACAACGUAUGCUACAAGCUCAAAAGGAAGAUCUAGCUAAGGAAGUUGAAUUUCGAAAAGAGAUGGAGGAAAAGUGGAAUGAGAAGAAGGAAGAGCAUAAAAUCAAAGUUGCGGAACUCACUGUUACCUCGCAGACAGCGCAACAAAAUUUAUUAGAACUAAAGAAAACUUUUGAACAAAUUCAAAGGAACGUAUCGGAGGAACUUAUUAAAUUGACACGAGGCAGAGAAGAAGUACAGAGACAUCUUACUGCACUUCAGAUGGAGAAUGAAAAUCUUGUAGGUAAACAUAGCAAACAUUCGCAACAACUUCAAAGUGAAAGCAUCAACAUGCCAAACACUGUUGAGGAAUUGCAUAUGAGUCUUUUAAAGAUGCGUGAGGAUUUAAUUACAGCCAAAGUAGCUCAAGAAGUUGCACAAGAGAAGGAAGAGACAUUGCGAUAUGAAGUUACUUUAUUGAGAGAACAAAUGGAGCAAGAGAGUAGGGUUAAAGAACAGGAUAUUGCCGUUUUAAAGAAUGAAAUAAGCGGGUUGAGAGCACAAUUAGAUAAAUACAUAAGAGAUCAUCGUACACUCGCUGAUAGAGAAGAGAAACUUGAUCGAUUGGAAAAACAGCUACAGGAAAUCCAAAAAGAGAAGAAGGAUGCAGAUUCAGUUAUAAGUGAACUACGACAAAGAGUUAUGAGUUUACAGCAAGAAUUAGAUACUAGUGAGGCAGUACAGAAAGACUUUGUUAGAUUAUCACAAUCAUUACAGGUACAACUGGAAAGGAUUAGGCAGGCAGGUAGUGAAGUAAGAUGGCAACAUGAAGAGGACGUUGAAGAGUGUCCUAGUUGCCAUACUACAUUUUCAGUUACAAAAAAGAAGGUACAUUGCCGUCACUGUGGCCAUAUAUUUUGUCAAUCUUGCCUCUCACACGUUGUGAACAGUGGGCCGAAACAAAGACCAUCCAGAGUCUGUGAUGUUUGUCAUACUUUAUUAGUGCAAGAUACCGCACCAUACUUCAGCCAAGAACCUCCACAUACACCUGAUUAAAUGUUCUAAAGUUACGGGACUUUAACAUAGUUUAACGAGAUGUGCAAUAUCAGUCCGGUAAUACGUUGACUAGUAUCUCAAAACUAUACCGAUCAUUAGGUGACUAACGAUGACUCUCUUUUGUUUGCAGAGAGAAAGUUAGACGUGUUGAUAGCAUAAAAAUGGGAUUAGAUAAGAUUCUUAUUACCUGAAAACCGGAGUGAUAUAAGAAAUAUCGUGUAAAUAUAAAGUUAUGUAUUACCUAAUGGUUACUGUAAUUUAAACAGAUUAAAGCUUUUGAAUGUAUGUGAGUUAUA